AUGGUCUCUACAACUAGCAGCAUCUAUCAAACUACAACGUCUACGGGGCAUUUACCGCAGUGGUUAAAAAAUUUUCCAUUGCCAUUGCCAGCAAUAAUAGCGAUAGCCGUAGCAUGUGCUGUGCUUGUGUUCGCUUUAGUAUUAUGUAUAUGCUGUAAAUGCUGUUGCAGAAGAAAAAAGCCAAAAAACGAUAAAACUAAGCAAGGUUUCAAAGAAAAAGUUAGUUUACAGUCAGCGCAAUCUUUGGGAGUAAGCUUAAAAGAGCGAGUUCAACCAGAAGUUGAAGGAGUGAAUAAAGAAAUGGAAUUAGAAUCAAAGCAAAUAGACCCUUCUGAAUAUGUUGGGGAAUUAAAAUAUGCAAUGGAAUACGACUUUCAAUCUUCCGAGUUAACUAUUACCGUUUUGGAGGGAAAAAAUUUUCCAGUAAUGGAUAUAGGUGGAGCUUCAGACCCUUAUGUUAAAAUUUAUCUUUUACCAGAUCGAAAGAAAAAAUUGGUUACUAAAGUUCAGUACAAAACGCUAAAUCCAAUAUUUAAUGAAUCAGUAACAAUUAAAGUACCAUACAGUGAAUUACAAAAUAGAACAGUACUAUUCUCAGUAUAUGAUCAUGAUAGAUUUUCUAGACAUGAUGUUAUCGGCCAUUUACGUAUUCCAAUCGCAGACGUAGAUUUGUGCGAAAACUUAGAGCAAUGGUCUGCACUGGAAAAGGCAGACUCAAGCAAGGAGGGGAAAUCGGAACUUGGUGAGUUAUGUUUCUCCUUACGAUAUGUCCCAACCGGUGGAAAAUUAACUAUUGGAAUUAUGGAAGCUAAAGGAUUAAAAAAGAUGGAUGUCGGAGGAUCGUCGGAUCCAUACGUCAAAAUUUCGUUAAUUAUUGAUGGUAAGAGGAUAAAGAAGAAAAAGACUAUUGUAAAGAAGAGAACAUUAGAUCCUGUUUGGAACGAAGCGUAUAUGUUUAAAGUACCUUUCGAAAAAAUUAAAGACACAAAAAUUGUCUUGGCAGUAAUGGACCAUGACAGGCUUGGUAAAAGUGACCUUAUAGGGCAAGUCGUGGUAGGGGGGUCUGAAUCAGGAGCUGAGUUGCGUCAUUGGAGUGAUAUGCUGUCGUCUCCUAGAAGGCCGAUAGCUCAAUGGCAUGUUCUCGUCGAUUAA